AUGUCCGAAUCGCAGCCCCUCCUGCAUCCGCGCGAUACACACCCAAAAACACUUCUGUCAUCUUUCCGCUGGCUCAUUCUAUCGUCCGCUGCCAACUGGCUGCUGCUGUUUGUGCCCUUGGGCAUGGCGGCCCAAUGGUUCCACUGGGGCUCGUUGGCCGUGUUCACCCUCAACUUUCUCGCGAUCGUGCCGCUCGCCAAGCUGCUCGGCGAUGCCACAGAGCAAGUAAGUAUGCCACUCGGUCCCGCUCUCGGUGGCCUGCUCAAUGCCACCUUCGGUAACGCGGUAGAACUGAUUGUCGGUGUCGUGGCCCUUCUCCAAGGCCAGCUCCGUGUCGUGCAAAUGUCGCUGGUGGGCUCGAUCCUGUCGAAUCUGCUUCUCGUGCUGGGUCUGAGCUUCUUUGUCGGCGGUAUCUACCAGCCGGAAAACACGUUUGCUCAGACGGCCGCUCAGGCGUCCGGCUCCAUCAUGACCCUCGGCUGCUUUACUAUGGUCCUGCCCGCCGCCUACUGGGGCUCCGUCAAGAAUGGAAACACCGACAAAGAUAUCUUUUCGACCGCGUUCUCGUCCUUGGGCGCAUCGCGUGCGCCGCUUGAGAAGCCCGCUCCCGGCACCUUUGAUGCGCUGGGUGGCAUCCUGUUCAUCUCGCGUGGCACAGCUGUGAUCUUGCUCUUGAUCUACGUCGGCUACCUCUUCUUCCAGCUGCGCACGCACUCGUUCCUGUACGAGAGCCCUACACGGGAGCAGGACGAGCAAGAAGAACAGCCCGACAUGUCGCCGCAGGCCUCGAUUCUGGCCCUCCUGAUCAUCACGCUCAUCACCUCGGUGAACGCCGACUACCUCGUCUCGGCCAUCGACGACGUCGCCAACAACUACGGCAUCUCCAAAGUGUUUAUUAGUACCAUCCUGCUUCCGAUCGUCGGUAAUGCCGCUGAACACGUCACGUCGGUGUGGAUGGCGGCCAAGGACAAGAUGGAGAUUGUCCUGGGCGUCUCGGUCGGCAGCUCCGUCCAAAUCUGCCUGGGUCUCGUGCCUGUGCUCGUGCUGGUCGGAUGGGCCGUCGGUCAGCCGCUGACGCUGUACUUCCACGACUUUGAGACCAUCAAUCUCGUCGUGUCCGUCCUGCUCGUCAACUCGCUCAUCCAGGACGGCAAGAGCAACUACCUCGAGGGCGCCCUGCUCGUGGCUCUCUACCUUGUCAUCUCGCUCUCUUUCUGGGUAUCGCCAUCGUAA